CGUGGGCCAAGAUGGCGGCCUACCUGCAGUGGCGCCGUUUCGUUUUCUUCGACAAGGAGCUGGUGAAGGAGCCGCUGAGCAACGAUGGGGCGACGCCCGGCGCCGCGCCUGUCUCUGGGCCCGCAGCGUCUAAGUUCCUCUGCCUCCCUCCCGGCAUCACCGUCUGCGACUCGGGCCGAGGGAGUCUCGUAUUUGGAGAUAUGGAAGGCCAGAUCUGGUUCUUGCCCCGCUCUCUCCAGCUCACAGGCUUCCAAGCCUACAAACUACGAGUGACACACCUGUACCAGCUGAAGCAGCACAGUAUCCUGGCAUCGGUUGGUGAGGAUGAAGAAGGCAUCAAUCCCCUGGUAAAAAUUUGGAACCUGGAGAAGAGAGAUGGUGGCAAUCCGCUCUGUACACGGAUCUUUCCUGCCAUCCCAGGAACAGAGCCAACGGUUGUGUCUUGUCUGACUGUCCAUGAAAAUCUCAACUUUAUGGCCAUUGGUUUUACCGAUGGCAGUGUGACAUUGAACAAAGGAGACAUUACCCGGGACAGACAUAGCAAGACUCAGAUCUUGCACAAGGGUAACUACCCUGUCACUGGCCUGGCUUUUCGCCAAGCUGGAAAGACCACUCACCUAUUCGUGGUGACAACAGAGAAUGUUCAGUCCUAUAUAGUCUCUGGGAGAGAUUCCCCACGUGUGGAACUGGACACGCACGGUUGCGGCCUGCGCUGCUCAGCCCUGAGUGACCCUUCCCAAGACCUGCAGUUCAUCGUGGCCGGGGACGAGUGUGUCUAUUUGUACCAGCCCGAUGAACGGGGACCCUGUUUCGCCUUUGAGGGCCACAAGCUCAUCGCACACUGGUUCAGAGGCUACCUGGUCAUUGUUUCCCGUGACCGGAAGGUUUCUCCCAAGUCCGAUUUCACGGGCACUGACUCGCAGAGCUCGGACAAGCAGAUUCUCAACAUCUACGACCUGUGCAACAAGUUCAUUGCUUAUAGUGCCACCUUCGAGGAUGUGGUGGACGUGCUAGCCGAAUGGGGUUCCUUGUACGUGCUGACGCGGGAUGGGCGGGUCCACGCACUGCAGGAGAAGGACACACAGACCAAACUGGAGAUGCUGUUUAAGAAAAACCUCUUUGAGAUGGCCAUUAACCUAGCCAAGAGCCAGCACUUGGAUAGCGAUGGACUGGCCCAGAUCUUCAUGCAGUAUGGAGACCAUCUCUAUAGCAAGGGCAACCAUGAUGGGGCUGUGCAACAGUAUAUCCGAACUAUCGGGAAGUUGGAGCCAUCCUACGUGAUCCGCAAGUUCCUGGAUGCUCAGCGCAUCCACAACCUGACGGCAUAUCUACAGACCCUGCACCGCCAGUCGCUGGCUAAUGCCGACCACACCACCCUGCUGCUCAACUGUUACACCAAACUCAAGGACAGCUCCAAGCUGGAGGAGUUCAUCAAGACAAAGAGUGAGACUGAGGUCCACUUUGAUGUGGAGACGGCCAUCAAGGUCCUCCGGCAGGCGGGCUAUUACUCCCAUGCCCUCUACCUGGCAGAGAACCAUGCCCACCAUGAGUGGUACUUGAAGAUCCAGCUAGAGGACAUCAAGAAUUACCAGGAAGCACUUCGGUACAUCGGCAAGCUGCCUUUUGAGCAGGCCGAGAGCAACAUGAAGCGCUACGGCAAGACCCUCAUGCACCACAUUCCUGAGCAGACCACCCAGCUGCUGAAGGGCCUCUGCACCAACCAUGGCCUCAGCCUUGAGGGCCGCAGUGAUCGGGAGGCCCUGGGUGUCAGGGCCAACUCUGAGGAGUUCAUACCCAUCUUUGCCAAUAACCCACGAGAGCUCAAGGCCUUCUUGGAGCACAUGAGUGAAGUGCAGCCUGACUCACCACAGGGUAUCUACGACACGCUCCUGGAGCUGCGUCUGCAGAACUGGGCGCACGAGAAGGAUCCCCAGGUCAAAGAGAAGCUUCAUGCAGAGGCCAUUUCCCUGCUCAAGAGUGGCCGUUUCUGCGACGUCUUUGACAAAGCCUUGGUCCUGUGCCAGAUGCACGACUUCCAGGAUGGGGUUCUGUACCUUUAUGAACAGGGGAAGCUGUUUCAGCAGAUCAUGCAUUACCACAUGCAGCACGAGCAGUACCGACAGGUGAUCGCCGUAUGCGAGCGCCAUGGGGAACAGGAACCCUCUUUGUGGGAGCAGGCGCUCAGCUACUUUGCCCGCAAGGAGGAAGACUGCAAGGAGUACGUAGCUGCCGUGCUUAAGCACAUCGAGAACAAGAACCUCAUGCCUCCCCUCCUAGUGGUGCAGACCCUGGCCCACAACUCCACCGCCACCCUCUCGGUAAUCCGGGACUACUUGGUGCAGAAGCUGCAGAAGCAGAGCCAGCAGAUCGCUCAGGACGAGCUUCGGGUGCGGCGGUACCGGGAGGAGACCACGCGUAUCCGCCAGGAGAUUCAGGAGCUCAAGGAGAGCCCAAAAAUCUUCCAGAAGACCAAGUGCAGCAUCUGUAACAGUGCCUUGGAGCUGCCCUCCGUGCACUUCCUGUGCGGCCACUCCUUCCACCAGCACUGCUUUGAGAGCUACUCAGAGAGUGACGCUGACUGCCCCACCUGCCUCCCGGAGAACCGCAAGGUCAUGGACAUGAUCCGUGCCCAGGAACAGAAGCGAGACCUCCACGAUCAGUUCCAGCACCAGCUCAAGUGCUCCAAUGACAGCUUCUCGGUGAUUGCUGACUACUUUGGCCGAGGGGUUUUCAACAAACUGACUCUGCUCACCGACCCACCCACGACCAGGCUCACUAGCAACCUGGAGACGGGGCUGCAGCGGGACCUGCUCAUGAACUUGCGCAGGGGCACCUGAGCAGUCCGAUGGCGGGGGUGCAGACCUUGAGGAAGAUAGGCAGCAGCUGUGUCAGAGGCCCUGAGACCCCAGGACAAGACCGGGAUGCUGCACCAAUCUGAGGCCACUUCUCCAUCCUACCUAGGCCAGCCCUACUGCUCUUGCUGUGGGCUUUUAAAGUAGUAGCUCCCAUUUCCAGACCCGUGGGGGAGGGUAUCCCAGCAGUCUCCUCAUUCUGGACAAUUGCUGCUUUAUUCUCUAUCCUAGAGCGUCAGGCUGUGCUUAGAUCCUUGCUCCCAGAGGAGAAAUAAAAGUAUAAUGAUUUGGGGGGUUGAA